AUGUCCUCCGGAAACGACGACCCAGUCACACAAGCACAAAAUAACAUCGUUGCGAUAUUCCACGCCUCCUUCCACCCGACGAAAGGCAACACAAUCGACUGGUCUCUCACUUCUCCCUCCCCAUCCACCUCUGCCUCUUCUUCUUCUUCAUCACCCACCCUUUCACUAGAUGGCGUAGAAUUCAGCGUCCUCCCCUCAGGCCUCCACCUCGUCCAACAAGACGUCAUCUACUUCUCACACGGCUCACAUACCGGGUUAGCCGUCUUCCGUCGUCGACCUACGAAAGCUGAGGGACAACGAGGGUUUCGGUUAGCUUCGCUUGGGAUUUUGCUUGGUGAAGGGGAGAGACCGAGGCCUUGGGUUUAUGUUAGGGAGUUGAGGGAGUUGGCGGAUAGGGUGUAUGAGGGUGCUGAGCGGAGGGAGAGGGAAAGGGAAGGAGAUGCGGAUUUGUUGGGGUUGGGCGAUGGGAGUGGUGGGAGUAGGACGGCACCGGGUGAUUUGACCGAGGAGGAUUUUAGACCUGCGAAGGAGUGGUUUGAGGCUAGGAAGGUUAUUCCUACUGCCGCUACUGCGGAGAAACAGCAGGACACCUCAAAGCCUACGGACGUAUGGUCUGGAUGGAGUGACGAACUCGAUGGUACACACGCCUCUCCAAGCACACCAACCCACCACCUCCCACAUCUCCUCCGAAUCCUAGGCCUCUCCUCCCUAACGCUCUACAAAUUCGUCCUCUCCCGACGCCGGAUACUCAUAUAUACCCUUCCGCCUGUCGAAGUGGCUGGCAUACUCGCGUGGAUCACUGCAGACUUAUGCAGAGAACACCAUAUGUCCCCCCGGAAUGAUCGUACUUCGUUCGGCAUGGGCGUACCAAUGCCAAGUCUCUUCUCUCAACCAAAGACCACCGAAAUCUCCGAUGCCAAUGCAAAUAACAGAAACGAAGGCGGAGAGAAACAAGAAAGCCCCUUCGUCCUAGGGAUGAUCACCCUCUCCGAUCUCCCACGUCUCGAACAGCUCUCUUCUACAGGUCGAGGCUGGAUCGCGUGUACGACUGAUGCGAUUUUCUUGGAGAAGCCGCAGUAUUAUGAUUUAGUUGUGGAUUUGACGACGUGUACGCCGAGUAAGGCGAGUAGGCCUGCUUUGUAUAUGAGCAAAUCCACUUCUUCUGGUGGAAGUGGAAUUGUGAGUGGGAUUUCGAGUGGGUUGGGGAUGGGUGGAGGUGGAGGUGGAGGUGGAAGUGGGAUGGGGAGAGGAAAGGAGAAGUGGAAGCUUGAGACCGUGAGGUUUACCUGGAGUGAUGUUAAACUGUGGGGCGAACUAGACAGAAUCCUCAAACUCGACUCCUCACAAACCGCACACCACAUACAUACUUCCUCUGGAUGUUGUCAGCCAAACAAAUUCCCUUCGCCCGGCUCCUCCAAUGACAACAAUAACGGAAACAACGUCGGAGUCGGUGGAGGAGGUAGUAUUACCAACUCGUCAGCACAAAGUACCUGGGCAGAUGCGUUCAAGUUAUACGAAGAUGUAUGCCUCCUAUGUGCGAUGCUCUGGAUGGGUUUAGGUACUUGGCGCUCGAACUCGCGUCAAUCCUUUUCUUCCUCACCUACUAGCCCAAGUGAACGAGGAGGAAGUGGCGGAAGGAUGAAUUGGGGAAGUGCGAGAGCACCAGGAGACGAUGAUUGGAGUCUCGAAGGUACGCAUAUGCGUACACUUGGUCAGGGAAUUGAAGGCGGUCUUUCUAAGUCACCAAGUAAGAAGAAAGAUAAGGAUAAAGGGAGGGAAGUGGAUACGACGAAGGUUAACAUUCGCGUGAGAGGGUCUGGGAUCGAAGGGAGACCUACAACUACGCCGAGAGCUCAUGGUGGACAUUCGCGUAAAGCGAGCGCGUCGUCGAUGAUGAAGCUCUCGCCUUCGCAGCCGUACGUCGAGUCUACCAAAACCUCGGAGGGAGACCGAAAUGCAGAUCAGGAACAAGAUCCGGACCAGUCAGGAGCGGGGAGGACACUCUCAGCUGAAGAAGAACAAGAACUCCGAAGAAGACAAACAAUCCAAACGACACUCGCCCUCUUACAAACGUUCCACGCUAAUACCGUUUUCUGGCUCUCCAAGCUUCGGGAAGUCAUCCCCCCUCCUUCGGCUGUCUCUACGCCCGGUGUAGGUUCGGGUUCGGGUGCGAUGAGACCUUCAGGUCGACUACCAAGUACCAGUACCAGUACCACCACGAAUUCCAGUUUCAACGAACGAGAAGAAGUGGGUGAUGAUGAACUUGAAGAAGUUGAGAUGAUUACGAUUUCGGCGCGGGACCUUCUGUCGCUUGAGCUUGGGGUAUUGAGUGAGCUGGAUGCGAAAUUUGUUGAGUGGCUUGUCGAGGCGGAGGGGUAUGCUGAGUGGAGGAACGACGCCAAUGUGAGAGUACGAGAUACGAGACGUGGGAGGAGGAGAGUGGUGGUGGUGAAGAGGGGUUGGGGAGAGUUGGUUGGGAUUUUGUUGGGGUUGAAGUAGAGAUGUUGAAUCCUAGCAUGACUCCGCAACUUUCACUCUUGAGUCACAAUUUGAUUUUUUCCUUCUUUUUCUUUCUUGAUGUUGGUUUCGAACUUUCGACGAUCUCACACGUUUUUGGAAUACCUUUCUUGGUUAUUGAUUUUUUCUCUCUUUGCAUGAAUUAUGUAUUAAUCCUCGAAAGAAAGUCGAACAAUUGUCCCUCUCCUCCCUUUAGCCAUGGUAGAUGUUUAGUGCUUCCUCCUUUGGAUUUUUGGA